UCUUGAUCUUAGUUUCUCUGCAAAAUUAAGCAAAUAAAAGGUUAAUGAAGUUUUUAUUUAAUGAAGUAAAAAAUCACUGGGCGUUCAAGCUGUAAUUUUUGACUAAUUGGAUUGUGGGAAGUCAUAUCUAUUUUUUGUCCCCAUAUAACAUUUCCAAGCACUGUAUCAUUAUUCAUCUUAUAUAACUUAUUUACCAUUUUUGUGCUGUUCCAUUUAUACUCUGUUCCUAAAUGAAGUGUUACUACACAUGCACUUUCAGAUUGUGCAGUUCAAUGCUCAUGAGGUCUCAGAGUUUGUGUUAAUUGCACCCAGGACCUUUGAUGGAGCCAAAAAUGAAUCUCUGGGUGCUGCUAUAUAUCCAACUUUAGCCCUAUUCAACCAUUCCUGUCACAGCGCACAAGUCAGGCUCUUCAGUGGCAACCAGGUUAUUACUAAAGCAAUCAGAAACAUUCGCAAGGGUGAAAUAGUUCCAGAAAAUUAUGGGCAGAGCUUUACCUCCAAAGUAAAGAGCCAGCGGAAGGCAGAGUUAGCUGAUAGAUAUUGGUUUGAAUGCAACUGUGAGGCUUGUCAGAAAGACUGGCCAAUGUACAAAGAUAUGACAAAUUCAUUUUUGUCAUUCAAAUGUCAUAAAUGCCAAGGGCCUCUACCAGUCAACACUGACAACUUAUUGAUUCCAUUCAUCAAGUGUGAAAAAUGUGGUGACCAGACCAAUAUAUUAUCUGCACUGAAAAACCUUCAGAAUACUGAGCAAACUUUCAAAGGAGCAUGUAAAGAAAUGGAAGCUUUUAAAUCUUGAAAAGGCAGAAUCUCUUCUGAUAGAGAAUCUGAAGCAGCUGGAAUCUAGUUUUUAAACCCACCAUACAGGGAUUACCACCUCACACAAGAAGCUUACAUGCGGUGUCUGUCUCUGCCAAGGUAACUCUAAGGUAAAGCCACUUAAAACAGCCAGAGUAAAACAGAGUAAAAUAGGAUCGUUCUCUUAGAGAUUAUAGAAUUUAUUAACUCCAAAAUAAGGUGAUAUUGAUUGUAUAAAUAAUGCUGUGUUCAUAGAUUGCAUAAACGAAAUUACUUUGUAAUGUAUUUAUUAUUCUGAUGUUAGUUAUAUAUGCAUUUCAGAAUUUGAAUAUGAAUUUAAAAACUAUUUAAUGUACAAGUAAAGUGUGUGUGUGUCUGAUUGUUAAACUUUUUGAGGAAAGUAACUGAAAAAUAUUUAUUAGACAUGCUUUGCUGAAUGCUUUGUACUGUAUAUAUAUUAAAGUUUUAGCUUUGAAUUUAAAUAAAUGCAUUUGCUAGCUCAAAUUCUCCUCUUAGACUGAUUUAGAUAAUAUCUAAAAAUCAAUACAUUCAUCAGAGGCAUAAAAAGAAGGUAAAUGAAGUUUCAUUGGUGACUUAAUGGAAGUGCUGAAGUGAAGUUACCUCUACAGUAUAUCAUCUUUUAGCCUAAUAUAUUAAUUAAUAGAUUAUUAUUAUUAUUAUUAUAAUCAAGGGGGAAGCGCUAAACCCGGAGGAAUAUACAGAGCCUGGGGGGGGGGAUUAAUAGAUGAACGUAUUAUUUUCUCUUAAAAUGCCUUCAGUAUCCUGAUGCUGCAUGUAAGAUGAGAUUACAACAUAAAAUAAAAUUUUAUUUCGAGCUUAAUGAAUUAUUCAUACUGUUAAGUUAUAUUUACAUUAUCCACAGAAGAUGCUGUAACUUUUCUCUCAGUAUUUUCAUUAAAAAUUUUGAAUGACUAGAAUUGAAGAUAAAAUUGUGUCAAUUUUAAUGCUUGCUGAGUGUUGCAAUUCGAUUUCAAUAGAAAUAGCUUCUUGCAUAUAAGUAAGGUUAACACAGUGUUCAACUACAAACCCAAUUUAACUUUUUAUUUAGUAUGUGAGCUUAACCCUUAAAUGGUCCAAACAUAUAUAUACGUUCAUGUGCGUAGCGCACCAAACGUAUAAAUAUGUUUUCUUUGUCAUUCAUUCAACACUGCCACGAUAAGCCUGAGUCACCUAGACAUGAGAGACUGGGUGUGCGCACUCGCUGUGCAGCAUAUUAAAAUAAUUGGGGACACCUGGGUACCAUAUGCUCUUUUUUCCUAUUAAAUUUUUUUUUUUUUCUCAAAAAAUUUGGGGCGCUACGCGAGUGAACGUAUAUGUACAUUUGGACCGUUUAGGGGUUAAAGAAAUAUUCCUUUAA